AUGCAGAUUCCCAGACUUGCCCGGGCAGAUGCGCUGCUCCUGUCGGUUCUCCUUGCGACGCCCGCGACGUCGAUGCUGUACUGCGACAACAUACUAGUGGACGGAUAUGGCUUCAACCUUGAGAAGCUCGGCGGGCCGCACUCGGUUGUGACGACUCUUAGGGAGCCGCCGAGCUACAGCAACACGACGUAUACGGUGGAUAUCUGCAAGCCGUUGAAGAAGUCUGGAGAUGCGCCCAAGAACGAGCAGUGCCCCAACGGCACUCGGGUAUGCGCGAUACAGAGGACCUACAACGGCAGCAGCGACUCGGACGACUCCAAAGCCGUGGUCCACAAGGUCGUUCCCAUAGCCGGCGGAAGACUCUACCCCGAUACCAAGCGCGAGGGUCUUCGUCUUACCCUCAAGGGCGGCGCCUACCCGCUCGACGUGCCUCACCAGGAGCAAACCCGCCAGCAGGCCAUUAUCGAUUUCAUCUGCGACCCGGACAAGGAGGGAACCGAGAACGAGUGGGAUGCGACUGAUGACAAGUACGACCCCGACGGCGGUAGCGACGAAGAGGAGGGCAAGAAGGUUCGCAGGGCGAACGGCGAGAAGCAGCUCAUCAAGGAGGGCGCGGCUCUCAAGUUCCUCGGCUACGGCAAGGACUCGGACUCGGAUUGGGAGACGCUCAGGCUCGAGUGGAGGACUAAGCACGCUUGCGGCAGCGCGUACGGCGGAACCUCGGCCAGCUGGGGCUUCUUCACCUGGCUCUUCAUCAUUGCUUUCAUGGGUAUCGCCGCCUACCUCAUCUUUGGCUCGUGGCUCAACUACAACAGGUACGGAGCCCGUGGAUGGGAUCUCGUUCCUCACGGCGACGCCAUCCGCGACAUCCCCUACCUCAUGAAGGACUGGACUCGGAGCGUCCUCAACACCGUCCAAGGCUCCGGGAGCAGAGGUGGCUAUAGCGCGGUCUAA